UGUUUGUUUUCUCACAGUUCUACGAUUUCUAGGGUUGGAACUUCGAAGAUCUCCGAUCAAAACCCUAACCCUAAUCCACGCAUCUCGAUCGAUGGCUGCUCCCAUGGAGAUCCGGCUUUGGAACGACAAGAGGGAACGGGAGAUGUAUGACAGCUUCGCAGACCUUUACGCGAUCCUCAAGACGAUGGAGAAGCUGGAGAAAGCGUACGUUCGGGAUCUCGUUGGUUCCGCCGAGUACGAGGCCGAGUGCCUCAAGCUUAUCGCCCAGUUCCGCACCCUCACCGCGUCCCUCGCCGGCGCUGUCCCCUCUGUAGAUCGCUUUGUGGAAGCCUACCGCAUUGACUGCCCAGCCGCCCUUCAUCGCCUCGUCACAGCCGGCGUGCCCGCCACCGUGGAACAUCGCUUGCAAUCCGCAUCCGCCUCCGGAUCCGCAGCUUCCGCCGCCGUGGUUGCUGAGUGCACCCAGCACUUCAUCACCGCCAUGGACACCCUCAAGCUCAACAUGGUCGCCGUGGAUCAGGUGCAUCCUCUGCUGUCAGACUUGUCGAGCUCCUUGUUGAGGUUGGGAGGCAACCUACUACCUCCCGAUUUUGAGGGAAAGGUUAAAGUGAAGGAGUGGAUUGCGAGGCUGGCGAAGAUGAGAGCUGCAGAUGAGCUGACAGAGCAACAGACAAGGCAACUUCUCUUCGACCUCGAGUCUUCAUACAAUGCCUUCAUGGCUGUCCUCAACACCACUUGAUUAUGAACACAAAACAUUUGGUCUCAUUCCUCUUCAGUGAGUGACCUUUUUCCCUGGUUUUGGUUGUUCAGUUGUUUCUUUUGUGUAGAUAUAUGAGCUUAUUUUUCUUGGUGAUGACGCUAUACGAUGUAUGACAUUCUUUUGUGUAUAUUAUUUGAUCGUGUGGAACAUUUUAGUCCAAUGUAUCAAUGGCUAUGAUUUGACUGCUGUAUGGAUGAUAUUUUUGUGGUUUUAGAUGUACAAGAAAAGGAACUUAAUUUA